GUAUCAUCAUCUCAAGUCUGUCGCAUGCAUGGAUUUUUGGGGAAACAGGAUGUAUGUGGUACGGGUUUCAGGGCUUCGUUUUUGGCAUUGGGUCUCUCAUCACUACCUGCCUUAUCUCCCUUGACCGCUGCUUCAAGAUCUGUAGCUUUCGAUAUGGUCAGUGGAUUGAGAGAAAACAUGCCUCUCUGUCUGUGGCUCUGGUGUGGAUCUAUACAUUAUUCUGGGCCUCACUUCCUGUUUUUGGCUUUGGUAGUUACGGACCGGAACCAUUUGGAACCAGCUGCACCAUAAACUGGUGGAGAAUGAAGUCUUCACUUAAUGAUAGAGUAUAUAUUUACCUGAUCCUGUCACUUUGCUUUGGACUUCCCACGUUCACUAUCAUCUCUUCAUACCUCGCUAUCCUCAUCAAGGUGUAUUGGUCUGGAUGGAUAUUGGCUUCAAUCCCUUUAUCCAGUGUCACUCACAACAGCAAAGAUCUCCGGCUGACAAAGAUAGCAGCAGUGGUGUGUUCCUCAUUUCUGAUUGCCUGGACUCCCUAUGUGAUUGUUUCGCUCUACUCCGCUUUGACUGCCAGAGAGGAGCACACUGGAGAAGACGGAGGAACCGCUCUCACGGCUGGAGUGUCAGCAACAGGGGUCGGCCAUGGCGGAGGGUUGUCUGACGUCUUUGGUUUUCCCUUCCUCAUUAACUGGACCUCUUCAGAACACUUCGGGGAUGCUUUUGGCUCCUGGAGGAAUAUGACUUCUGAUCAUUCCCAUCAUUCAGUAGGGCAUCAUGGAUCAAGUUCAACUGUGGGUUCUGCACAUGGAGGAAUGAAUGGACAUCAGUCACAUCUUGUGUCCAUCCUGAAGCCAGAGGUCUCACUCGUCCCCGCUAUUUUUGCCAAGUCACACUGCAUGAUAAACCCCUUUAUCUACCAGAUCAUGAACCGCGACUUCAGGGAGGACGUCUAUGAUCUCCUGUGCUUGAGAGGAAAAGAUGGAGAGAGGAGGAGAACAAGGAGCACAGACGGCAGUGAUUCUGAUGCUGGAGAAGAAGAAGCACACCUACCAGUCAGUCGUCUGGGGACCGUGUGAAAAAAGAUUCCUCACGGAAGA